AUGACUCCAUUCAAGGCUCUGUAUGGCAAGACAUGUCGUACUCUGCUGUACUGGGAUGAAGUUGGAGAGCGACGUAUUUUGGGCCCUGAACUGAUCCAGAAGACCUGUGAGAAGGUGGACCUAAUAAGAGAGAAGAUCAAGGCUGCACAGUCCAAGCAGAAGAGCUAUGCAGAUAGAAGAAGAUUUGGGAAGAGAGGAAAGUUGAAUCCCAGAUACAUCGGCCCGUUCGAGAUCCUAGCUAGAGUUGGUGCAGUGACCUAUCAGCUUGCACUGCCCCCAUCACUUGCCGAUGUACACGAUGUAUUCCAUGUCUCUAUGUUGAGACAAUACAUCCUUGACUCAUCACAUCUGCUGCUACAGCAACCAGCCGAGCUCAUUGCCGAUCUGAUCUAUGAAGAGGUGCCAGAAGAGAUUAUUGAUGUGAAAAAGUACAAUCUGAGAAAUCGAACUAUCUUUUUUGUGAAAGUCAGGUGGAGUAAUCACUCUGCAGCUGAGGCAUCUUGGGAAAGAGAAGACUUGAUGAGAGAGAGAUACCCUUACCUCUUCGAUCUCCCAGGUUCCAGCUCUGAGUCUAUGGUGGCAUCGAUGCUAUAG